UGGAGGUUUCGUGUGUUAUCCGCUAAAGAGAUCAUUUUCCUGGAAGAACUAUCGAGAAACAUCAUCAGCUCAAUCAAAAUGGCAGCAAUCAGGAUGACGACGACGAAGUAUUUUUCUGGGAUUCAGUGUCCACGAAGAAUCGUAAUUCGAAAAAUCAGAAUCACGCGCGUCAGCUGCAAGAACAGUUGGCACAAGCCACCGUGAGGAUACGUGACUUAGAAACCGAAUUGAAAUGCGUUCAGAAGGUGAACAAUGCCGCCUUAAAGGAUGAGCUGACUGACGGACAUCAGAAAGCUGAAUUUCUGCGAGCCAAGCAAGAUAUGGUGAAUCGUAUAAUACAAAUGGAAGAAAAGUCUCGAGAAGCCGAGAGGAACACAAGACGUAUAUGGAACACACCGGACGAAACGGCAUUGGUCAACGAUUUCCGUACGGUUUUGUCGAAAUUGAACUCACUGGAGAAGCUGGAUUUAGUACGGGCUGCGUUGAGAGCGCUGGAAACCGAGAACGAAAGGCAUAACAGCGAGACCGACAGACAAGAGAAGUUGGACUUCGAUGAAAAGUUCAAAAGACCGGAGGACACUGUUGCCCACGAGCCUGUCGCGGUGAAGUCUGGCUUCGAUGUGAAUUCGGAACACGAGAAACGUCACGACGGCAUUAUCGAGGCCUCGAGUAACAAAGAGUCGGAAUUGUACAAAAAGAUCGAGGAUCUUAAGGAAGAAAACAAAAGACUGUCUACGAACGUCGAAGAAUUGGAUCAGCAACACGAGGAAUCGAUUCAGAAACUGUUGUCCCUGAAGGAAGAAAUCGAGAAAAAGCAUCAGCGCCUUCAAAACGCUUACGAACAACUCUACGUAGACUAUAACCAGGCCCAGGAUAAGGUUGCCCACUUGGAAAGUACGCUAACGAAGUCCACUGCGCGCGUCGAAAUCGAAACAGCAUCCCAUUCCUCCCAAACUGUCCACUCAGGGAAUGUAGAUAGCGUCGUUCAAACAGAUGAUUCGAAAAUUGACGAGAAAGAAACCCCCGAAAACACGAUCGACGAGCUGACCGUCAAAUUGAACGAUAUUCUAAAGAACUGUCCUGUAGAACCGGAACAAGGAGCGUCGUUAUUCGAGACUGUCGCGAGGCAAUACGUCGACGCGAAAUGGAAGAAGGAUGUGUUGGAAAAGAAGGUGGCGGAGAUGAAUCGGGAGCUAAAAGAGGCCGAAGAAGUGAAGAACAAUUUACAAAUCGAGUGCGACGAUAUGCAAACGCACAUCGACUCGCUGUUGCUAGACAUUCAGGAUUUAAAAUUGAAUUUACCGUCCAUACCGGAGGCGAGCGAGGAACGUGUCGCCUCGCUGGAAUCGGAAACGGAGUCGUUGAACGAGGAGGUGAAACAUCUUCAGACGGAGAACGCGGCGCUGCGAAAGGAAAACGCGAAAUUAGGCGGAGCCGGUUUGAACGAGAGCGCACGAUUGGAGAAUAAUCAAGGAUAUUUAGGAGCCAGGAGUAAAAAAGUAACGAAAUUAGAGGACAUCCCGGAGUGUAUCGAAGAGACCGACAGCGGGACGGAGAGUCUGAAUCGCAGGCUGCACGCCACUCUGGACGAGAACGACGAGCUACGGAAGAAGAUCGACACGCUGGAAAACACGGACAGGGAGACGCAAGAACAGCUCAGAAUGUCGUUGGAAAAGUGUAAAGGCUUGGACGAGAAUAUCGAAUUUAUCGAGGAGCUGAAGCUCGAACUGCAGAACGUGAAACAAGAACUAAAGACGUCGACGUUUAAUACGAAACAGUUGGAGAGCAAUCUGACGCUUCUGCGAGAAGCCAAAAACGUAGUAGAAAACGAGAACGAGGAGCUGUUGCACAAGUACAAUGAACUGGAAACGGAGAUAUCGAAGUGGCGAGAAAUCGCUUUGGAGAAAGAGAACGACGACGUGUUGAAUAAUCUCGAAGAGCAGCUCAGCAAAGCCACCAGCGAGAGGGACGAUUUAGAGUAUGAUAUCCGGAAUAUGAGGAAAGAACUGGACGAUGCGUUCAGUCAAAUAAAUCUGAAGGAAAGUCACAUAGCGAAAUUGAAUCAGGAGAACGAGAACUUCAUGAAGGAGAAAAGUUCCCUCUUGGAACAAUUGGCUGCUAUUCAGGACGAAUCGAACGAUAAACUAGACUUGGUAAACACGGAGAAAACAUUGCUCGAGCAAGAACAGGCCGAAUUGAAGGAUGGAGUUGCGACCAAAGAGAAACAAUUGAGUGAAAUUACCGAACGAUUACGAGAGUCUGAAGAAAGAUACAUGAGAAUAGAGAAUGAAUUCUCUUGUCUGAGUAUGAAAGUCGAAGAGCUUCAAUUGGAAAAUACAAACCUCCAGAAUGAAAUAAGAAAACAAGCAGAACUAAAGAACGAAUUGGAACUGUCCAGAUCAACUAUCGAAAACCUCAGUUCCGUGCAAAAUGAGUACAACAAAUUAAUAAUCGACAUGGAAGCAUUACGUUUAAAAGAGAUGGAAUUAAUAAGCUUGCAAGGAAAUUGCUCUAAACUGAUGGAAGAAAACAACAGUUUAAGAACUUUAAAUCAAACCAUCCGGGAUAAGUGUAAACAAUUGGAACAAGAAGUGGUAACUUUGCAGAUGCAAACACGAGAAUUGUCUAAUCAUAUAAAUGAGAACGAGAUUCUGAAAAAUGAUAACGACAGAUUGAAGACUGAAAUAAUUGAAGCACAGAAAAAGUUACAAAUUACCGUCGAGAGUAACACAGAAUCCGCCGACAUGGGGAAGCAAACAAUAGAAAGCUUAUCUCAUCUGAUCAAAGAAAAAGAUGAAGAGAUUAAUAGUCUGAAAGCAUCGGUUGAUCUUGCCGAAAACAAUGCAGAGAUGUCGAACGAAUUUGCAACUAUGAAGAACGAAAGAGACGAGCUUGUAAAGCAUGUUACCAUAAAACACAAUGAAAGUCUGCAGUAUCACGCAGAAAUUCAGAGGUUGACCCAUCUCUUGAACGAGAAAGUCACGCAAAUUCAAAGCUUGAUAGCAGAACAGACGACCAAUUUAUCUAUAUUGUCGGAGAAGGACGCGGAACUGUUGUGGACAAAGAACGAAUUGCAGGUGGUCCAGCAACGUCUGAAGAACGUCGAGGAAUCGAACAGCAACGAAACCUGCGGUAUCGUGGAACAUUCCAAACUGUUGGCAGAAACUGCGAUUCUUAAUGAGAAAUGCAACGCGUUGGAGGCAGCGUUGAUUCAGGAACAAUCAAACAACAGGAUGAUGCAGCAUCAACUUAACGAAAGUCAGAACAAGGAGGCAAACGCUGCAAGAGAAUUGGAACGUUUACGGACGCAUUUAGUUGAAGUUGAAUCCAGUUACACAGAAGAAGCUUUGAUCGUUGAAGAGGCACGAAAGGAAUUGGAAGCAAUGUUACAGCAAGCUGAAGAAAAAAUGAAGAACAGUUCGACCGCGUACACGUCCGCUAGUAUCCGGGCGAAUCAACAAGUGGAGACGUUGCAACAACAAAUGGCCCUGAUCGUUCAACAAAGGGAUGAUAUACAGAACAAACUGUUUAGUGCUGAAGACAAAAUUCUAUCGCAGGCUGCAUCUCUAACUAACUUGCAAAUCGUCUUAGAACAGUUUCAACGAGAUAAAGAGAAAGAUAUUAGAUCAGCAACGGAGAGACUUCAAGCUAAGUUAAACGAAUCAUAUAAGAAACAAAAAGAAUUAACCAACGACGUUGCCAAUCUUAAGGAGCAAUUAGCUGAAGCUAAAGAGUGCUUACAAGCAGCAUCCAGAUUAAGCGAGCAGCUCGAUAAAAAAACAGAACGUAUUGAUCAACUGAAUGAAGAAGUGGACCGAUUGACGAAUCUUGUAAAUACUGCAGAUCAAAGAAUAGAAGAAGCAAAACAAAGUGGAGAGGGAAAAGUUGAUAAAACUCUCAUUAAAAACCUUCUAUUGGGUUACCUAACAUCAUCAGCAGCAGACAAGUCUUCGGUACUUAGAGUAUUUUCAACAAUUUUGGAUUUCGAUGAAGUGGAGAAAGAUAGAGCUCGUUUGAAUACCGCAGCCACUCAUAAUACUUGGUUUUCGCGUUUAAGUAGUGGUUCUAAUGUUCCUAACAAGGAUCAAGAAGCAUCCUUAUCGGCUGCAUUUGUGAGAUUUUUAGAAAGUGAAUCAAAACCUAAGCCACAGUUACCUGCACUACCUAUACAAACAUCGUCAUUGCCAAGACCUGGUCAUAGUAGACAGCAUUCGACAUCAUCAACACAAUCCACUUUGUUGCUAUCUAAUGUAAAUCUUCCAACAUUCCCAGACUUCGUUCCAGCUAGAAAUACAGGUUCUAUCUUAAAAGAAGUGCUGAAGGACAGCUGAUAUUAAAACUUUCAGUAUAUUAUAUGCUUUGUAAAUUUUUAGACUACAGUUGGAAGCAAUGUUUAAAAAAUUACAUUUAUUUACUGAAUUUCAU